UGCAAUCGUAAAUACAUACAUGCGAUAUUCGCACAGAAUCAAGUGAACGUUUACAGAUCUGCGUGAUUCGUGAACCGCAGUCGGAACUCGGCGCGCUUGUAACGCGCUCGUGACUGUGUUUCAUAAUAAAGCACAAUGAAUGAAAAAUCCAACGUCAGCCACAUCAGCGGGAGUGCGGUGUCCAUCAGUCAUGACGGCAGCAACGUAUCAGAUGGAUAUAGCGCGUUCCAAUCUCGUGAGCAGAUAAUAAAUUUGGAAAGCAAGAGCCAGUUGAACAUCGACAGUGGAAACGAUGGACACCAUCACGUCAGCCACCCUACAUCAUAUGCAGAUACAUUGCUUCAUUUGUUUCGAGGAAACAUCGGAUCAGGGCUGCUCGCGAUGGGGGACGCUUUCAAAAACGGCGGGAUAAUUUUUGCUCCAAUAAUGACAGCUAUUCUUGGAAUCAUCUGUGUACACGCCCAACAUCUAUUGCUAAACUGUUCCGAAGAUAUCUAUACAAGGAUGAAACGAGAGAAACCUCCAGGCUUUGCUGAUACAGUGUCACUGGUGUUUGAAUAUGGACCGGCAAGGCUUCGGCCUCUUGCUCCUAUAAUGAAAAUUCUCGUCAACGGUUUCCUUUGCAUAACUCAACUGGGAUUCUGCUGUAUUUACAUUGUGUUUAUAGCAAAUAACGUUAAGAUGAUAUGCGAUGAGUACGGUAUCCAUAUAGAACUGUCAAUCCAUAUGAUUUUUGUGGUGAUCCCGGUUCUUAUUCUCUGUAUGGUUCGAAAUUUAAAAUACCUGACUCCAUUUUCAACGGUCGCCAACGUUUUAAUGGCUGUAGGGGUUGGCGCAGUGUUGUAUGAAGCCACGCAAGACCUACCACCCGUGAAAUCAAGGGAAUACUUGGCCUCGUGGCACCAAUUGCCUUUGUAUUUUGGAACCGCAGUUUAUGCUUUUGAGGGUAUAGGUUUGGUAUUGCCCUUGAAGAAUGAAAUGAAAAAUCGGGAGCAGUUCCAGAAGCCACUAGGCGUCUUGAACGUCGGCAUGGUGGUCGUGGCCAGUAUCUUUGUCGUUGUGGGUUUUCUCGGCUAUCUCAAGUGGGGUGACGAUGUCGCUGGAAGUCUUACACUUAACUUGCGGCCGGGACACGUUCUGAGCACCACGGUCCAAGUACUGAUCACCGUGGCGAUGUUGCUGACGUACCCGUUGCAGUUCUACGUUCCCAUUGCAAUUACUUGGCCUCCCUUACGCAAGAAGUUCGGUCAGAGGCUACCAGUAGCUAAGGAGCUGGGAUAUCGAGCGCUGAUGGUUAUGCUUACUUUUAUCUUGGCGGAAUCAAUACCACAGCUCGGACUCUUCAUUUCAUUGGUGGGCGCGAUUAGCAGCACAGCCCUGGCACUCAUGUUUCCUCCCAUCAUUCAACUCGUGGCCACUUACCAGAAUAAUAAUAAGAUACCUCCUUACAUGAUCUUGAAGAAUGGUCUUAUUAUAACGCUUGGUAUUUUCAUUUUCAUCGCGGGAACAUAUCAAAGUCUCGCGUCUAUUAUACGGGCAUUCUAAUCAUAUUAAUGUUUGUUAUAUUUUAGGAUAGAUAAGGAUAACAACUACCUACUUAUCUCUUGAAAUGUCUUAUAUAGGUAAUUUAUAUGACGUGACAAACACGUUAGUGUGAAAAAUUUUUACCCGAUUUGUGAAGCACACGUGACUACGAAUACUAUGAUUCGUGAGAUCAGAGGGAUAAAUGAAACAAUGGUAGUUGAAGCGAUUCCCAUCAGAAUCCUUCCGUCAAUCUAUGAUCAAGUGACAUUUCAAACUGUCAUUUUUAUACAUUUUGGUGUUUACUGAAGAUAAUUCAAAAUGGUGUCCAAUAGAAUACAAUUUUCUAAUUAAAUAAAUAUUUUAAGAAUCACAUGUAGAAAGAGAACUAUGCUAAAUUUAAACUCAAUCAGACUUAAGGAUAUUAUAAUAUAGAUAUAUUCUUAUAUAUAAAUAUAUAAACGCAACCUAAAAGACUCAUCGCGAGAUCUCCGAAACUAUACAUACAUAUAUCUGUAAAACUUAGGUACGUAACCAAUUUUAGUGUAGCUUUAGUGUUCUGCACUCCUGCAAUAGCCUCAGAAGUUGAUACGCUGUCCAUCAACGCUAUAUGCUUCACUGUUAUUCACAUGUUUGUUCGAAUAUCUUGUGAAGCAUAAUGUUUAUAUCAAAGUGCUACAAGAAGAUGGCGCUCCCCAACACAUCGACCACGCCAUGAGCCAAGCCUGAACUCAUAGGAGAGAUCCUCAGAACUUAUCUCGGAGUCUAAAGCUACUCAUAUUUCAAACAUGAGUCUAGUACUCGCCUGAUCAUACAUGAAGUGAAGAAGUGAACUGAAGUGUUUGGGUACCAAUAAAGGACAUUGCGCAGAGCACUUUUGAUACGCCACUUGGAUACGCACCUUUAAUACCCAUAUACACUAUUUUAAGAUACACUUAUGAAAAAAACACUACUAUUUUUCAUUUUUGAAAUAAAAUAUUUUAGAAACGGAUUCAGGGUUUUAAAAAUAUAUUAAAAAUCCUAAUUCAAUUUCAUCUUCAUUAUAGAUUAACAAACGGUCUGAGUUAUUUUUUAUAAUAACAUCCGUAUAUCUAGACAUUUUACCUCAAAGGUGCUCUCAUUUGAAAUAAGCCUUCUGUUUAAAACAUAUUUUUAUUUAUAUACCUAUAUGAAAUCACACACAUAAGUUUUAAUUGGCACGGUAUAUAAUAUAAAUACCUAUUAAUAAUAUAAACCUAUAUAUUAAAUAUGAACCCAUAUCAUAAUAAAAAAAUAAUUUUAUAUAAUCCCGAUACAGAGAUCAUUACUACAUAUUACUUUUUUACUAUAAAUAAAGUAAACACAAUAACAUACUGAAAUGUUGUGUGACGACAUUAAGGUUUAAUUAGAGCUUUGGCCAAUUCGACCAUAGUAAGCCCAGCGAACUGGAAUUACGAAUUUGUAUAUAAAAUAAUAAUUACAAAUUAGGUAAUUCUAUUUAAACAUGUAAUUUCUUGUUUUUUUU